AUGUCCAAAGAAACACCGCUGUCGUUAGCAGAGCGGGAAUUCAUCCUCGAAGCUUUGCUUGAGAAUAUCCGCGUCGAUGGGCGCGAUGCCGAUGCUUUUCGACCUCUCUCAGUAACAUUCGGUGAGGAAUAUGGACAUGUCAAGGUUCAGCUCGGACAGACAAGUCUGGUUGUGCGCAUAUCCGCCGAAGUAUCCAAACCCCGCGACGACCGCCAAAGCGAUGGUACAUUUUUGAUUGCUAUGGAGCUUACAGCUAUGGGAUCUCCUGCUUGGGAAAAUCUUCGACAAAGCGAGUUCGAAACUUAUGUAUCGCGAGUACUUGACCGUGUCAUUCGUCAUUCUAAUGCCCUCGAUACGGAAUCUUUAUGCAUUUUAAAAGGCAAAAGCUGCUGGAAUAUACGAGCCGAUGUCCAUGUGACUAACUUUGAUGGCAACCUAAUCGACUCGGCCUGCAUUGGCAUUAUGGCUGGUCUGCAACAUUUUCGACGUCCCGAUAUCGAGGUCAAAGAUGGCCAGGUUACAGUAUUCGGCAUUAACGAACGAGUUCCGGUACCAUUGAACAUCACCCACAAACCUUUAGCAAUCACAUUCCAGUCGUUUCAUGAAGGAAAGGUUCUUAUUUUAGAUGCUACGCGCAAAGAGGAACAAGCAUCUAAAGGCGAUUUGAUCAUUGCUCUGAACAAUACCGGCGAAACAUGUGCCGUGUAUAAAUCUGCGGGCAGUCCAGUGAGCGCGUUGGAAGUCAUCAACAAGACCAAUCUCGCGCAACAAAAAGUGCUAGAACUCAACGGUAUGAUAAGCAAGGCGCUUGAAGCCGACCUGGCCCGGCGCGCAAAAGUGAACCGCGCAUCAGAAGCCAAUGCGGAGAACGAUCGUGAAGGAUAA